AUGUCGUGGUUUAUGCUUUAUAUAAAUGAGGUAUACCUCAAAGGAAGAUAUUUUGAUUUGCAUACUGAUCACAAAUCGUUAGAAAGCAUAAUGCAGAAUGAGGACAAUAGUGACCAUAUCGAUAGAUGGAUUAGUCGGUUGGCUUAUUUUUAUUUUAAACCAAAAUACAUCCCAGGUGAAACUAAUAGGGCGGAUGCACUAUUAAAAUCGGCAAGGAAUAAGUUACAGAUUUUUGAACCCAAGUUUAAACUGGCUUCACCAGAUGAAGUAAAGGAAGCAGAUAGACAAGAUUCAUUUAUGAAUAAAAUUAUUAGGAUAUUGCUGAAGAAGGAAAAGUGUCCAGCUGAACUACGUAAAUAUAAAAGAUAUCGCAUGGUCGCUAUCCACCUGUAUUAUGGGGUAUAUGAGGGAGUGCGUUACGGAUUAUGUAUACCUAGAGGUUUGAUAAGGUCGAGGGUUUUAAAGCAUUGUCAUGGAAGUAAUGGUUCGGGGCAUCCAGGUGGUACAAGAACCUAUGUAUUGGUGCAGAAAUACUAUUACUGGCCUAAGAUGUUGAAUUCUGUUCAACAAUAUGUGAAGAGAUGUGAACCCUGCCAAUUCUCCAAGAAUUCGCAUCAAAGACCGUUUGGGGUGUAUCAUCCGUUGAAAAUUCCAUCUAGAAGGUUUAAAGAUGUCAAUAUUAAUUUUGUAUCAGGGAUGAAUCAAAAUGGUAAAUAUCAACAGGUUAUGGUCAUCAUUGACCGUCUAACAAAAUGGGUAAUAUUUGUAUCCCUCACUAAGAAGGUUACUCCUGCUGCAGUUGCCGAUGUACUUAUCGAGAAUGUUGUGUACCAGUAUGGGAUGACAAGAUUUAUGCAUUACAUGGAUGGGAACCUAGGUUUACUGGUCUAUUUAAUCCCGUUUUUGACAAGCCUAAAUAUUUACGAGAUGAUUCCCUAG